UCCAUGUAAUGUGUGCCAUGUGCCACUGCUAACUGACUGUUUGUCUGACUGACUGACUGACUGACCUGCACUGACAAUGGAUGUAUUAUGCGCAUAAUAUAUGUAUUCUUUCAACCCAUCCGCCAUCACCCGAUUCCGCAUUCUCCGUCCUCUUCUCACCAUUCCGUUCCCGCCACCCUCAACACCCGCCCUCUCCCCUCUCUCCCCAAACCACCACCACCACCACCAACAGCCACCGUCGACGCAGACGUUGCACGCAACAUCUCGACACCUUUCGGACGGUGCAGCAGCAGCAGCAGCAGCAGCUGAAACACGGAUACAAAAGGAUACGAUAGCAUCUGGCAGAGCGCGGCAGCGUCCGCUCCAGCACGGCUUCUCUGCUGCGGGGUUCAAAGACGCGCGCCUUGUUACGCUAACUACCUCGCCCUGCUCCCGCACUACACGGCAUCCCACUGCACUGCACUGCACUACGGUACAGUCAGUCAGUCGGUACAUACCUAACCACCCUUUGACAUCGUCGUGCCCUGCCUGCCUGCCUGCCUGCCUGAUGCGACCAUGGAGCCCAGGCGUCGACCCGAGUACCACAUCGACAUCUUUGCCGAUUUGGCCUGCGUUAAAGACGUCGUCAAAGCCAUCCUUCACACCAUCUUCUUCCACCGAUACUUCACUUCCAUCCUACCCCUCACCCGCGACCUCCUCGACCUCACCCUUCCCGCCAUCGACGAUGUCGACCUGGAGACCUUGAUCGACCAGCGCACCAUGGCCCUCAUGCGUGCCAUAGAAGGAACCCAUCACCAGCGUGGGAGGGGGCAGCUUGUCGUGCAGUUUUUCGAGAAGAGGCGGCGGAAGAGUUACUUCUUCGGCAAAGCCGACGAGGAUGUGUGUUGGGAGCAGUGGACUUUGGAUGUCACUAUAGCCACCCCGCGCACCGAAACAGAUGUCCUCAAGGUUCGCCGCGCAAUGACAAAGUCCCUCGAGAAAGCCGCCCAUAAAAUCAUCACCAUCGUCAAUCGCGACAAGGACCAUAUUCCUCCCAUCACCACCACCGACGCCAACCCUUUUCCUCACCAAGUACUCGUCAACCCCAAAAUCGCCGCCGACCAGAACGCGUGGGGUCCGCGCAUGGGUAUAUUCUAG